AUGGUCCAGUUUAUCCCGGCCCCAGAGCCCCGAACUCUACUUCCUCCGCUCCUUGCUUGCCUACCGACCGCCUUCGCGUCCCCGCAACCCCCUCCAGCUCUGCUCCCUAUUCUAUCGCCGAUCCUGCGCCAGCGCGUCCAACUUCUCUCCGUCACAAACGGCCCGAACGAGUCAUGGCUACCCCUCCUCUCGUGGGACAAAGAGCGCGCCAGCAAGCUCCCGCAGAUCGUCGAGAAUCUUGAGAUCGAGCCACACCCGUCCUCCGGCGAAAUCGAGUUCGAUGACGUGAAGGGUGUCCGAUACAGGCGGAGAGACGAGGAGACGUUGGAGGCCAGACUGGAGCUGGACGAGUUCAAGCUUCUGCCGAUAUUCCUCUGGUGCAUGACCGAUGAGGCCAGCGGCGGCCCUGGUUGGCGACUCAGCGAGCUUCGUGCUCUCGAGGACAUGAACGAUGGCUCCGAGUGGUUUGACAGCAUGGACGAAGCCAACGAGGGCUCCAAGGUCGCAUACAUUCGGGAUGCUCUCCGCCAAGACACGCUCAGUCCCAACGCUCGCAGCGUGCCCAAUCACCAGCACCACAGCAAUCAUGAAGAGCAGGAGGAGGAGGACGACGACUACUGGAACUCAUACGAUCGAUCCCCGGGCAGAACGCCUGCCAGAACGCCUGCCAAGCGCUCUCCUGCGCCCGGCUCGAAUGUGCAGGUGCCGUCAGCGUCGGAACUCGAGUAUUUUGCCCGCUAUGCCAUGGAAGUGCAGCCUGCGUUGGAUGCACACGACCCGGAGGAGGAAGUUGACGAGUCUAUCGAGUCGACCCUCAAUGGGAACACCCUUGUUACUGAACGCCAGCCUCAAGUCGAACCUUUGGAGUCCACUAACCUUGGUCCGGGAGGGUACGACUCGUCAUUGCCGCCCCCACAACAAAACGGCCAGGAUACAAACAACGACAUUAACCACCCACGUCCCGACUCAGCCGCUUCUUCGUUGUCGGGCUCCAUCGAACGGAUGGAGCAGGCAGCGGAAGCUUCCUCUCAAGCCGAAGUUGCCAUCAAACAGCACAUCAGCACCGAUAUCAAGAGUUUGUACAGACUGGCCCGGUCGGCCGGGAUUCAACGCGAAGAGUUUGAACGGGUCGUCAAAACCGAAUUGGAGAUGCUCAGCAUGAUGGAGCUUGAUGAGUGA